ACCGAGGCGGACUUUUUGAUUUCACGUUUGUUGAGCGCUCGGCUCACCUGCCCAUCAGGAAGAAUGAGAUGUUUAUACUCGUCAACCACAACAAUGAUUCCCGCUGCGUCGCUUGUUUUGCCGUCACCGCUGCCUGGCCUUUAACACAGUAGUCACAUAGUCACCUUCAGUUUGUGAGCCGGUGUCAAGAGUCAAACCCAGGUCAUGUUAACGAGCGACCACCUACUCACGAGCCUGACAGAAACAGCACAGCUUCUUCAGGAUGAGCGCCUCGCGUCCUCCCUUGAAAAAGAAAAGCUACAUGGGGCAGCACCAGAUCAAGAAAAAACAAUGUUUUCAAGGUCCUGAUGAGCCACCAGACAGAGGCAGACUGUUGCAGAAAACAAAUUACAAAUCAGGAAAAACAAACAUUAACAAGGACAUCCUCGUGGAUGGAGGAGCAGAGCUUCCACUUGGAGAAUCCACGUUAGCUCUUGAUGAGGAAAUGCUGCAAGUGUUGGAUGCUGUAGACCCAGUGAAGCCUGCAGCCGACGAUGUACGUCCAACAACGGUUAACGGGGGUGCACGGGAAGAGCCGGCGUCGUCAGCUGCCCUUGCCCCCUCGCGGGCUGACAGAGCCCCCGGUGCCCAGGAGGGAGUCCCGGGGCGUGGUGGCGGUUGUGAGAGACCUGGGUGGCGACCAGACUGCAAAGACCUUGCACAGAGGCUUCUCUUCGGUGAGGACUCUGAGGAAGCGGAGCAUGCUCAGAGGGGCCCAGAGAACAUUCAGCCACCACCAGCUUCUGCCUGCAUCAAUCUGCUAUCCCGUCAGGACAUAAAAAACGGUCAGCAAGAAGCCAGCACCAACAACAGGCAGAUACUCCCACCCAGAAGAAAAAGCUCUCCACGUAGCGAGGACAAAAGUGGGUCAAACAUGAAUUCUGACCCACCUCAGGAUGUAUCCAGGGACUACAUCUUGUUCAGCCCAAGCCGCCUCGCAGCUGCCAUGAAGAAGGCCAAACUCCAGCCGUCGUUCCAGAACCAGUCGGCCUCUGUGCUCGCAGUCCCCAGUGGUUUAGACCUCAGUACUUUCACCGACACUCUGCCUCAGCAAGGCAUUGCCUUGUGUGCUCCUGCGGGUCAAGCCGAAAAGCUGCUGCUAUGCAAUUGGGGCUUACCAAAACCUGUCCUGGAACGCUACCAGAAACACGGCGUGACUCAAAUGUUCGAAUGGCAAGCUCAGUGCCUCACUGUCGGACGGGUGCUGCAGGGAGGUAACCUGGUGUACUCUGCCCCCACCAGUGCUGGAAAAACUCUGGUGUCGGAGUUGCUGAUGUUGAAGCGUGUGUUGGAGACCAAAAGAAAAGCUCUCUUCAUUCUGCCGUUUGUCUCUGUGGCUAAAGAGAAGAUGCAUUACCUUCAGAGUGUCUUUGAAGAGGCAGGAGUUCGUGUGGAGGGAUACAUGGGCAGCACCUCGGCCGCCGGAGGGUUCAAAGCACUGGACGUCGCUGUGUGCACCAUUGAAAAAGCCAAUUCUCUCAUUAACAAACUCAUUGAAGAGGACAACAUGGGUCUACUAGGUAUGGUGGUGGUUGAUGAGUUACAUAUGGUUGGCGAUUCUGGAAGAGGAUACCUACUAGAACUGCUCUUAACCAAAAUACGCUACAUUGCGCAGAAGCAGAACGCCACUGGGUCUCUCUCUGAGGGCGUACAGAUUGUAGGUAUGAGUGCCACCUUGCCUAACCUCACCCUCCUGGCUAGCUGGUUGGGUGCAGAGCUCUACCAAACGGACUACAGGCCCGUACCCCUGCACGAGCAUCUCAAGGUGGGCUGCAACAUCUACGACCAGAGCCUCGCUGUGGUCCGGCAGUUCGCUCCUGCGUUCCACGUUAAGGGCGACGAUGACCACAUAGUGAGCUUGUGCUACGAAACAGUGAGCGAGGGCCGCUCUGUGCUGCUGUUCUGCCCCUCCAAGAACUGGUGUGAGAAACUGGCAGACAGCAUCGCCAGAGAGUUCUACAACCUCAGACAUACAGAACGUCAGGGCGAAGCAGGGCCUAAGCCGGUUUGUCUGGACCGGGACGGACUCGUGGAUGUUGUAGCACAGUUGAGACGAACUCCAGCUGGUUUGGACCCCAUCCUUCAGCGAACUGUGCCAUGGGGGGUCGCCUUCCACCACGCUGGUUUGACAUUUGAUGAGCGCGACGUGUUGGAGGGAGCAUUUCGUCAGGGCAUGGUCAGAGUCCUGGCCGCCACCUCAACCCUCUCCUCAGGGGUGAAUCUCCCGGCACGCAGGGUCAUCAUUCGAACCCCUACCUUCAAUGGACACCUGUUGGACCCGCUCACGUACAAACAGAUGGCAGGACGGGCGGGGAGACAAGGAGUGGACACCAUAGGUGAGAGUGUGCUGGUGUGUAAGGAGGCGGAGCGUCAGAAAGGUAUCACUCUUCUUAAGGGUGCUCUUCAGCCAAUCAGCAGCUGCCUGGUGAGAAGGGAGGGAGAUGGCGUCACCACCAGCAUGCUGAGAGCCAUCCUAGAGAUCAUUGUCGGAGGUGUAGCCAGCACUCCACAGGAUGUGCGGUCAUAUGCUUUGUGUUCGCUACUGGCUGCCAGCAUGACAUGUGAUGGCAAAAAUGAAUCAAAUGAAGCAACCAACAAAGGAGCUAUUGAGGCCUGUGUUGAAUGGCUGAUGGAGAACGAAUUCAUCAGUAUCCAGAAGGACGAACAAGAUCCAGAGGAGAGGUACCAUCCGACUCAACUCGGUGCUGCCACCCUUUCCUCGUCCCUCUCCCCUCCAGAGGCUCUGGGAAUAUUUGCAGAUCUCCAGCGGGCCAUGAAGGGCUUUGUGCUGGAAAAUGACUUGCACAUUCUCUAUCUGAUCACCCCGUUGUACGCGGAGUGGACCACCAUAGACUGGUACCAGUUCUUCUGUCUGUGGGAACAGCUGUCGUCGUCGAUGAAGAGAGUGGCCGAGCUGGUGGGCGUCCAGGAAGGUUUCCUCGCGAGGUCUGUCGGCGGCAAAAUCGUCGCCAAGACCGAGAAGCAGCGUAGACAGAUGGCUAUUCACAAACGGUUUUUCACCACCCUUGUGCUACAGGAUCUGGUGAACGAGGUUCCUCUGGGAACAGUGGCAUCCAAAUACAACUGCAAUCGCGGGCAGCUGCAGUCCCUCCAGCAGUCUGCUUCUACAUAUGCAGGUAUGGUGACGGUGUUCUGCAAGCGUCUGGGCUGGCACAACAUGGAGCUGCUGCUGUCCCAGUACCAGACCAGGCUGAGCUUCGGAGUCCAGAGGGAGCUGGUGGACCUCGUCAGGGUCUCCCUGCUGAACGCCACGCGAGCCAGAGCGCUGUACGCACAGGGCCUCUGCACCGUCGCCGAACUAGCCCGGGCUACUUUGGCUGAUGUGGAGAAAGCCCUGAGGAACGCUGUCCCAUUUAAGAGCUCCAAGCGAGCGGUGGACGAGAGCGAGAUGGAGGCGGCAGAGAGGCGGAGCCUCCGCUGCGUCUGGGUGACCGGCGGCCGGGCCCUGACGGAACAGGAGGCCGCCGUCGAGAUCGUGUCCGAGGCCAGGCUCCUCCUCCGGGAAGACCUGGCCCGGUUAGGAGUUCACUGGGACCCGACGACUCUUCCUCCGGGGGUUCCUACUGCGGACAGCCCCGACCGUUCAGACACCUCAUCUGCCUCACAUCUCAGCUCACAUGAAGAACAGGGAGACAACAAUAAAGAUCACCAGGAAGGAGGCAGGGUCAGGGGAAGGGAGGGUGGAGAUACUGACAGACAACGGGAGGAGAAUAAGGAAGAAUGUAAUCCUGAGAAAAGGAUGUCUGAAAGGCAAAUGGAGAAAGCAGAAGGAGACAUCAACAGAGACCGAGGGAUGUCCAGGAAGACAGAUAGGACUGAGCCAGAAAUCAGACAAACUGGAAAGGUAGUGCAAGUGGAAAGAAGCGAAGAAACAAAGCAGGAAGAGACAAAUGCAAAAUCAUUAAUGGCAAAUGACUCAGAGGAUCCAGGUGAAAAAAGAGAAGAGCACAUAAGGUCGGAGCAAAGAGGGAAUGAGAGCGAGAAAGCGGAGCUGAAAGAAGAGGAGACGAGUAAAGGGAUCGUCUCAAUCGGCCCGGAGACUCGUCGAGGGAAUCGUCCUGUUCCUGAAAGGAGCCUGACACAGGAGUUGGCCGAAAUCGUGUCCAGCCCCCUGUUUCGGCCAAUGGCGCUCCCUCAGCCCUCCCCUCCCCCAAUGCCUCCCCCCCGCUUUAGAGCUCCGGUGUCCCGAGCAGAAGUACAACACAGAGUUCCUACGAGGACACCAGAAGGAGAUGGUGCUAAAGGGCCCGCUGCCUCACCCGUGCAACCGGGAAGACUGAAGCACUCCAGAGCUUUAAGCAAAGUCCUCCACUCCAUACAAACUGAGAAAAGCCUUCAAGAUCAUGUAGUCCCAAAUCCAGCACCUACAGGCCGGGUGCCUAUAGCCAUUCAAGCUCCUGAAGAAGCCCAUCCUGGCAUUUCCGCGCCCACGAACGCAGAUAUGUUGAACUCCCCUCGAACCGCCACUCCUGCCUCCGUUCCCUUGUUCUCCCCUGAGGCGAAGCGACGAAGGAUGGACGGCGGAGAAGCAGAUAAGUUCUCGUCUCCUGAGCUGUACGCGGGAGACGAGCAAGGUGAAGGAGAAGCAGAGGGAAGUGUUAAAGCAGGAGAAGAGAGUUUCGGCGACAGCUUUGAAUUGGACACCCAGACGGAGAAACUCAUCGUUCAACAGGCAUGCAAUGGGAAUCAGUCGGUAGAAUCGGAGAAGAGAAGAGAGGGGGAAAUGGUAGAAGCAGCUGGAGAGAAGGACACACGUGAGGGAAGUAAUGCGUGUCCCAGAUUCAAUAUUUCUAUCACAGACAGCCAGAUGGAGCUCAUCCUUGACACCAGCCACAGGAUUUCUCCAGGUCCAGGUGGUGAUAACAUAGUUUUAGACAAAGAUGAAGGUGGUGACGAGGACGGCGACCCCGCGGCCUCUGAGAGCGUCGACAGAAGCAGCAGCUUCCUGUUCGACAGCCUUUACGACUGCUCUCUGCUGGCUGAUCUGAGCCCGCGGGGGGACCCGGGCCAAUCGGACGAGGAGGAGCCCAUUGACCGGGAGGUCGUAGGCUCCCCUCCGUCAACCCAGGAGCAAAGGCGCAGCGAGCUCCUAGCCAACCAGGAGGCGGAGAAGCAAGAGGCUGUCCAGUGGGGCGAGUCCUCCUUCAACCUGUCCGAGUGGGGCGACUCGUUGCUGGUGGGCGAGCACUUUCUGGAGAGGCAGAGCUUGCUCAGACACGCGGGGAGAACUCAUGAAACUCAGCGACCCGACGGCGAGCACGAUCGGACUGAGGAACAUCUGUCGGAACCAAAACCCAAACCCAAACCCAGUCAGAUACAGCCACAAGCCACCACUACCGCCACAACUCAAAACGAGUAUGACGAGAACAAAGACAGUAAACCAGGCGGGAGACAGGAAACGAGGAAUGGAGAGGGUGAAAAUGGGAAGCAAGUAGAAAGAAAAGAGGAAAUGAAUGCCUUGCUGUCAGUUAAUGCGGUUUUAAAAGUCCAUAACGCAGCCGAAAGCUCGUUUCAUUGCAGCCCUGGUUUGCAAGAGAUCUUUGACCGCUGGCCUAGUAUGUCCGACCAGCCCUGGCUGAACACCACAGCAGGCCACGGAGCCUGUAAAAGCGCUGCAAAUACAGCAGAAGUUCCGGAUCGACCUCAGCCCUCGAUGCAGGUGGACAGAGGAGGGGCAAAGUCAGACGCCCAGGCUGCUGCUGCGGGUAGCGAUUCUCCAGUUGAGCAAAAGGACGGCGAGAACGUAACGGAGAGACCGGGCUCUGCCGGCGAUCUCAUUCCCCCGACUCAGGAAACACCGCCCGUCACUCCCAGAGUAAAACUGACCACCUCAUCCGUCCAGUCGCCUCUAGCUAUCGCUCAGCCACUCAACCGGUCGACUCCCUCAGCCCUACUGCGGCGGACCAUGGCAAUCACAAAAUGCCCCGGAUCUCGCCCGGGACACAACGAUCCUCCAACAGAAGCUGGCGCUCACACCAAACAGCCGGAUUCCGUGUCUGAUCGCAGCCUUGAACACCAGCCGGGUUUGAAAACUGAAGCCCCGCCGCACGCCGGCCGGAGCCUCAGCCCUCCCCGAGACCGCGCCUCUCCGUCCGCCCGCCGACUGAAGCUUCCCUCUGAUGCGGAAUCGCCCAGGGCUGAUCCAGGCUUCACUCUUCAGCUGUCCCAGGAUGCAUCGCUCUCUUGCAGCGGCUCGGGGACCUUCUCCAUCAUAGACGUGGCAAGUGACAGGCGCCUCUUUGAUACGUUCAUUAACGAGUGGAAGACGAAGGAGCGUUUCUCUCUGGCUUUGGCCUGUGAAAAGAGGGAGCAAGGACAGCAGCCGGAGGAGCCAAUAGGAGGGAAACAUAAAAGAGCAUCAGCAGAUCACCAGAAGCUGCACAGGGCCGACGGUUUCCCGGUAAGAGACAGCGAUGGACUGGUGUUGAUCGGACUGUCAGUCUGCUGGGGAGCAAGAGACGCGUACUACAUGUCCCUGCAGCAAGAGCAGAGCAAAGGUCUCAGCUCCAGUCUGGCCCCUCCCCCGUUGGACGGCGACUUGCCGGUAAUCGAAAGGCUGCGGCAGGCGAAGACCUGUCUGAUGGGGCCGGCGGGCGCUCGCAGAGAGGGCGUGGUUGUCGUGUAUGACAUCAUCGAGGUAUACAAGAGGCUGGUGCUGAGCUGCGGCAUCAGCUUGGAGGGAAACUGUGAGGAUCCCAAGGUUGCGUGCUGGCUGUCGGACCCGGGCAGCGAGGAGAGGACUCUACCCAACAUGGUGACCGUCUACUGUCCCGAAGAGUUGCCUCUGCUGGGCGGACUUGGGAAUGCUCACUCACACUGCCCUCGCGUUAGGGCGGCGACCAAGAGCGUGCUCGUGCUCUCCGUCAUGAACCACCUCAGCGGCCUGCUGGAGAAGGACGGCAUGCUUGGUUUAUUCAGGAGCGUCGAGAUGCCCUCCCAGGUGUCUUUGGCGGUGUUGGAGUUGAACGGAGUGGGCUUCAGCGUCAGGGAAGCUGAAAGGCAAAAACACGUGAUGCAGGCCAAACUCACAGCGCUGGAGUCCCAGGCCUACGACCUGGCCGGGCACGGCUUCUCCCUCACCAGCGUUGACGACAUCGCACAGGUGUUGUUCCUGGAUCUACAUCUGCCUCCGAACGGUGACGUCGGCGGACCGAAAAGUAAAAAGACUCUUGGCUACGCCAGGAGAGGCGCGGGCGGCCGAGUACGACUUGGAAAGCAGUUCAGCACCACCAAGGAUGUUCUGGAGAAGCUCCGCCCCCUGCACCCACUGCCGGGUGUUAUUCUAGAGUGGAGGCGGAUCACCAACGCCUUGACCAAAGUGGUGUUUCCCCUGCAGAGGGAGAAGCGAUACCACACUACACUGGCCAUGGACAGAAUCUACCCCAUCGCCCAGACACACACAGCCACAGGUAGAGUAAGCUUCACUGAGCCCAACAUACAGAAUGUCCCUAAAGACUUUGAGAUCUUCAUGCCCACGGUGGUGGGGGAGAGCCCACCUUCACAAGACAGCUGUCACAUGACUGCCAAAUCAGGAAAGAAGAGACGUUCUGUGGUGCCUUCAGCUGCAGCUGGCCGCACGGAACAAGGCCCGGCGUUCUCCGUCAGCAUGAGACACGCCUUCGUACCUUUUUCAGGCGGGAUGAUAUUGGCGGCCGACUAUUCUCAGCUGGAGCUGCGAGUGUUGGCUCACCUCUCCAAGGACCAGCGUCUCCUGCAGGUGCUGAACGGAGGAGCCGACGUGUUUCGUUGCAUCGCCGCGGAGUGGAAAAGCAUCGACCCGGAGUCUGUGAACGACGACCUGAGGCAGCAGGCCAAACAGAUCUGCUAUGGCAUUAUCUACGGGAUGGGAGCCAAGUCUUUGGGGGAGCAGAUGGGAGUGGGGGAGGAGGACGCGGCCUGCUACAUAGAGAGCUUCAAGGCCAGAUACAAAGGGAUCAACACCUUUCUUAAAGAAACCGUAAAGAAGUGUGUCAAGAACGGCUACGUCCAGACUCUGAUGGGCCGCAGGAGAUACCUGCCGGGGAUCGCCAACGCCAACGCUCACGCAAAAGCACACGCAGAGCGCCAGGCAGUGAACACAACGGUACAGGGCUCGGCGGCGGACAUUGUAAAGCUCGCCACUGUGAACAUCCAGAAACGCCUGCGAAAAACAUAUCCCCAAGCUCCGAUCUCUCACCAGCAUUCACGCCCAGCCGCCGGUCACCGCAGGGUCGGGACGUCCCAACUCAGAGGGGCCUACUUUGUCCUGCAGAUGCAUGACGAACUCAUCUAUGAAACUGCGGAGGAAGACCUCAUACAGGUCGCUCAGAUAGUCAAGAGGGAGAUGGAGACGGCAGUAAAACUGUACGUGAAGCUAAAAGCCAAAGUCAAGGCAGGACCCAGCUGGGGCAACUUGCAGGACCUGGAUAUAUGAUGUGAAUGAUCUGACGUCGACAUAAAAUACAUGUGCUUAUUUUUUAAAGGGAUAGUUCAACCCCCAAAACAAAUCUUUAAAAAAAAUACACAUUUUUCCCUUUGUCUGUAGUGUCAUAUAAUCCCAUAAUAUUAGAGAGAAGGCAGACAUCACUCGGGCCGAUAUCUCCAAAACUAGGUAACUUACAACAAAACAAUGCAGAUUGUUAAAUAGCACUACAGGUAAUUGGGAGAAUAUGUAGUUCUGAUUUUGGGGUGUACUGUCUCUUUAAGGUUCUGUAAUAUGUUAAUACCACUUCUUUUUAAUCACUACAUUAACAACAAUGAAAUGCUGGAAAUACAUACAUAUGAUUGUAUAUUUUUCAUAUGAGCUCUAAAUGAACUUUUGAAUGUAUUUAUUAUUCUUUUUAAUGAUGUACAGUGU